GCCACCUCUCUCCUUUGCACGACGUAUUCGCAAGUUCAUCACACAAUUUUUUUUUCAAAGCUGGCAUAAUAAAAAUACAUUGAAUAGUGGCAUUUCUUGUUGCAAUUAUCAAUUAAAUCAAGUACAACUACUUACAAGUGUGAGAUGAGCGAAACUAUUAAUACCGCGGCGCAGUUUCCGACGUUCGAGAAACCGACCGUGCAGUUCAACGAAAAGGGCUGGGGACCAUGCGAGUUGCCGGACACGUUUAAGGAUGUGCCAUACCAGCCGUUUAGCAAGAACGAUCGCCUGGGCAAGAUCUGUGACUGGACUAGCACCUCCAACAAUGAUAAGAAGUAUCAAAACAAGUAUGCGUCUACCUUUGGUACUGGAAAUCAAUAUGCCUACUACCACGAAGAAGACGAGACUACGUUCCAUCUUGUGGACACGGCUCGCGUCCAGAAGCCGCCUCAUCAACGCGGUCGCUUCCGCAACAUGCGCAACUCGCGUUCGGGACGUGGUCGCAAUGCCCGCGGUGGCCUCAAUACCCAUGGCCAUGGCAUGACUACGCUGAGCAGCAAGAAUGUAAAGGCACGCGAUCCACGUCGUGGUGUUGGCAAGCGUUUUGGCAACCGUGGACCACCGCCCAAGAUGCGCGAGUCCUCGGUCGCAGUGCGUGCCGACUGGGCUUCCAUUGAGGAGAUGGACUUUCCCCGUCUUAUCAAGCUGUCGUUGCCGAAUAUCAAGGAGGGCGAAGAUAUUACCACUUGCGGCACCUUGGAGUACUAUGACAAGACAUACGAUCGCAUUAACGUGAAGAACGAGAAGCCGCUGCAGAAGAUUGACCGCAUUGUGCAUACCGUAACCACCACCGAUGAUCCCGUCAUUCGUCGUCUGUCCAAGACGGUGGGUAAUGUGUUUGCCACUGACGCUAUUUUGGCUACGAUUAUGUGCUCGACACGUUCGAACUACUCCUGGGACAUUGUUAUCGAAAAAGUUGGCGAUAAGAUUUUCAUGGACAAGCGCGAUCAUACUGAAUUCGAUUUGUUGACUGUGAACGAAACAAGCGUUGAGCCACCCACUGACGAUGACAGCUCGUGCAAUUCGCCCCGUAAUCUGGCCAUUGAAGCCACCUUCAUCAACCACAACUUCAGUCAACAAGUGCUGAAGACUGGUGAGCAGGAGGCCAAGUAUAAGUUUGAAGAAACCAACCCGUUCAUCAGCGAGGAUGAGGACAUACAGGUGGCUAGCGUUGGAUAUCGUUACAAGAAAUGGGAGCUGGGCAGCGAUAUUGUUCUGGUGGCGAGGUGUGAACACGAUGGUGUUCUGCAGACACCCAGUGGUGAGCCUCAAUUCCUGUCCAUCAAGGCAUUGAACGAAUGGGAUUCAAAGCUGGCGAAUGGUGUUGAAUGGCGUCAAAAGCUGGACACUCAACGCGGUGCUGUUUUGGCCAACGAAUUGAGAAACAACGCAUGCAAGCUGGCCAAGUGGACGGUGCAAGCUGUGCUGGCUGGAUCCGACCAGCUGAAACUAGGCUAUGUAUCGCGUAUUAAUCCCCGUGAUCAUUCACGUCACGUCAUCUUGGGCACGCAGCAGUUCAAGCCGCACGAGUUUGCCACACAGAUCAAUUUGAGCAUGGACAACGCCUGGGGCAUUCUGCGCUGCAUCAUUGAUCUUGUAAUGAAGCAGAAGGAUGGCAAAUACUUGAUCAUGAAGGAUCCCAACAAGCCAAUUAUUCGCUUGUACGAUAUUCCCGACAAUACGUUCGAUUCGGAUGAUUCCGACGAUGGCGAGGGUGAUGAUGGUGAAGGUUUCCAGCAAGUCUACAACUAUGCAAACAACAGCAACAAGAUUUAGAUUAUACUUUUAGAUCUGUGCACUUUAUAACGUUAUACACACAUACACGAAACACUCGUAUAAUCAUAAAGAAAAAAGUAAAACCGGUUAAGCAAUGCCAAAACACAGUUAUACUAUUAAUUGUGACGCUUUUUAUAAUCAGUUGAUUGUAAGUUGGCUUAUUUUGCAAGUGCAACCUAUUCCGAGUAAAGCACAGAAUGGAAA